GUGAAUGAGCGGGCUUCCACCAUGCUGCUCUCCGCCGUGCUACACACCUACUCCCUGCGUUACAUGCUGCCUGCCGCCCUAAUGCUGGGCACGGCGCCCACCUAUCUGCUGGCCUGGAGUUGCUGGAAGGCCCUGAGCGUCCUACUACCGGAGAGAGUGUACAGGAGGGGGGACGACCGGCUUUACAACGUCUACCAGAGCAUGGUGCUCUUCUUCUUCCAGCACUACACCGGGGUGCAGAUAGUGAUAUAUGGAGACUUGCCACAGAAGGAGAAUAUUUUAUAUUUGGCCAAUCAUCAAUGUACAGUUGAUUGGAUUAUUGCAAACAUGAUGGCUGUGCAGCAGAAUGCCUUGGGCCAUGUUCGAUAUGUUCUGAAGGAUGGUCUGAAAUUUCUUCCUCUCUAUGGCUGGUAUUUUUCACAGCAUGGUGGAAUUUACGUAAAGAGGAGUGCCAAGUUUAACGAGAAGAAUAUGAGGAACAAGUUGGAAUCUCAAAUGAAGGCUCAGACUAAGAUGUACCUUGUGAUAUUCCCAGAAGGAACACGCUACAAUCCUGAUAUACCGCAGGUCAUUGCCGAUAGCCAAGCCUUUGCCAUGAAAGAAGGGUUGCCAGUCUUGAAGCAUGUGUUGACUCCACGAGUGAAGGCGACUCAUGUAACAAUUGACACCAUGCAGGACUACCUUGAUGCCGUUUAUGAUGUCACUGUUGCAUAUGAAGCAACUACCACGCAGAGUGGCCAACGGAAAGAAGCACCAUCAAUGACUGAUUUUCUGUGCAAGGAAUGCCCAAGAAUUCAUAUAGCUGUGGAGCGUAUCAGUGUGAAGGAUAUACCCAAGGAGCAAACAUUUAUGAGAAGGUGGCUACAUGAGCGGUUUGAAAUCAAAGACAGGUUACUGACAGAGUUUUAUGAGGCUGCAGAUCCUGAAAAACGCAAUAAAUUUCCCGGGGAAGGUCAUACUGCCAAACUCGCCUUGAAAAAGACUGUACCGUCUUUGUUACUUUUAACUGGUGUAACUGCUGGCAUGUUAUGUACAGAAACUGGAAGAAAAGUUUAUGUCAACACGUGGAUAUAUGCAACUUUAAUUGGCUGUCUAUGGGUCAGCAUUAAGGCCUGAACAGACUUGGUCUCAAGUCCAGCUGCACAUCAUACCAAAACUUUUUUUCCCAUAACAGGAGACAUUGUAAAUAUUGCCUUAUCCAUGGUCAUCUAGUAAAAUGUAAGACUGAUACCAAUGUGAUACAUGUCAUGCAAAUAAUCUUUGGUAUUUGCUUACAAUUCAAAUUUUCCUAACUUUAAAGAAAAGGGUCACUUAGUAUACUGAUCCCAACUAUAUUUUAUAGCCAUGGAAUACUCUUUUGUUACCUGACAGUAGUGUGUGCACCACCCAGUCUAAUGGUCAAAGGUUACAAAUCUGCUGCUGCCACGCAGUUUGAAUAAGUAAAUGUGCCAAUAGACAAGUCAGCCUAGAACUGGUAUUUAUGGCUCCAGAUUAAAAAAAAAAAAAAA